AUGAGACCGCAGCCGCAGGCGACCGGUGAGCGCCUGGUGCGGUUGUCCCCGCAGCUUUCGUCAGGGGAACCAGAAAUGUCUUCCACUUCAACGUCUACGUGUAGCCCCCAUACUUGCAGGUGGCGGUCUUACCCAAAAUCGAAUGACUUGGAAGCUAAUGUAGCCACGGUGUUGAUCAUUCUCUUUUGUGGUUUAAUAUGCUCUUUGGCUCUUAACGCCGCCAUCCGCUGCUUCCUGCGUGGCAGUGAGGGUCGCCGCCCGCGUCAUUUCCGCAACGACAUUGCGGAAGCAGAUGAUGAAGAAGUUGAGCAGAGAAAGCCCGUGGGGGAGGCAGGUGCGGCACUCAUGGUGGCGGCGCCGACGCUGGUUUACACGAGUGGGAUGAAGUUGGCGGGAGCGGAAGCUGAAUGCGCGAUUUGCUUAUCUGAAUUCGUGGAGGGAGAGGGAAUUCAAGUGUUGGCAAAGUGUAACCAUGGAUUCCAUGUACAAUGCAUCCAGCGGUGGUUAUCUUCCCACUCAUCUUGUCCUACUUGCCGCUGUAGUUGUCUUUCCCCACCGCCGUUAUCGGAAGAAACCACCGAAAACAGUUCACAAUCGACGAUGCCGGAGCCGGAACCAUAG